AUGAAUGAUGAUCAACAGCAGCUUCUUAAAAGUAAAUAUGAAAGAUUGUGUGUAGAGUUUAAAAAGUUACGUACAAAAUAUAAGGCUUUAAAAGAUAAUGAAAAUGAAAUAGGUCAACAAUUACAGGAGAAUUUAUUGAAGAAAGAUGCACAUAUCAAGAGAUUACAAGAAGAAAUAGAAAAUUUAAAAUCACAUCUCUCCUUUCCGUCAAAUUCAUGUGAUGAAGGUCAUGAAGGCCUUCAUCAUCAUCAUCUAAAUGGUGUUAUGAUCAAUGAUUCAAAUCAUUUGUCAAGAAAAACAACAUCAUCAUGUCUCAGUCCAACUAAAUCGCAUCAUUUUACGCAUAGAACUCAUCAGAUUGUUGAGAAUGACUCUGGGAAGUUUAGUGAUCAGGUGAAUCCUGAUGAAAUUCCUCGAAAUACUUCAACAUCCUGUAGUACAAAAGCAGUUUGUACAGAUGUUGGCGUACAAACAGAAUCAUUUGUUGGUACAGUUAGCUCUACGCUUAAUGCUGCUACUACAAUCACUGUCCCAGUUUCUACAUCUGAUGAGAUGAGCGUAAUCAACAAAUGGAAUUCGCAAAGUAGUCCUGGGACAGAAAAUCAAGUAACCGCUAACACUGAACAACAAGAUCCCCUGUCACUUGAACGACACAAUACAAUAGAUAACAAUGAAGUUGAUGUUAACCAGAACUCUCUAAACGUGGUUUCCACAUCUUCUAUGAAUAAUGAACAUAUCUGUCAGUCUGUUAAACACCUUCAGAGUGAGUCUAAUACUACCACUGCUGCUGCUUCUGCUUCUGCUGCUGACCAUCCAGCGUCUUCUAUCUCCACAUCACACAUACCAUCAUCUUUUCCCUGUAGUAAUUCCUCUUCUAUGCCGUUAGUCUCCUCCCCGCCCACCACCUUAUCACCAUCAUCGUCUACUCUUCCUACAUCAGUUCAUCAAGGCAAUAAUGACAACAGUUUAAUUGAACAAUUUAUUAAUCUAUUAAAUAAUUGGAUGAAUUCACUACAAAUCAAUAAAAAUUUAUUAAUAAUCGAUAAAGAAAAAAUCAAUAAAAUCCUAACCAAUCGUAUUGGACAAUUAGAGAGUCAAUUAUGUGAAAUAUCAUUAAAAUAUCAAAUGGAACGUAAACGUCGAUUAAAAGAACAACAGCAUUUAGCAGCGAGUGAUGAAGAUAAAAAUGCCAACAAUAGCGUUAAUAAUAAUUCAUGUUCAGAUAUAAAUGAAUGCGAACAAUCAACUGGUAGUUGUGAUGCGAUGACUAACUUACGCAAUUCGAUGAUUCAACGGAUCGCUUUAGCUACUGAGGAGGCCAUUUACUUCACCUCUCGAGCUAAUCUCCUGCAAGACGAACCACCAGCUACAGAAAGUCACACAGGGUAA